UGCAUUCUACCUCCCCAUCAUGUUCACCGAAGGCUUUGGCUAUAAAUGUUGCCCUCGUCCUGCCAGUCUCGCAAUGUCCAGUAAUACACGCCGUCCUCGCAUCAACUGCGGUACCAUCCGGCCUUCUGCCCCUGAUUGAUAUCACCCCAGCUUUCAUCCUCCAUCCAAACGUCCAACAUGGCUCAGCGGUCGACAUUUCUCGUCUUCGGCGCUACCGGCGGUACGGGCAAACACUUCGUCGCCCAAGCCCUCCAAGACGGCCAUCGCGUGCGUGCCCUCGUCCGAGACCCGGCAAAACUCGGCGCUGCCCAAUCCGACCCCAAUCUCGAAGUACACCAAGGCUCCAUCACCGACGCACCCAACCUCGACGAGCUAGUGCGAGGCGCGGACUACGUCGUCUCCAUGCUCGGCGACAAGCACGCCCAGAGCGUGUCGAAAAUUGACACCGCUUUCGUCAAGCAAUUGGUCCCGGCCAUGCGGCAACACGGCGUCAAACGCUUCCUCUACCAAGCUGGUGGUCUCAGCAAACCCUACAACGGUUACACCCCCUGGUCCAUCUGGGUCUUCAGGACUUUCUUCAUCUCAUCGUUUAGAGGCCAGCACGAAGAUAACGAAGCCGUGAUGGUGUAUCUCGCAACGGAGGCCACAGACAUCGAAUGGAUUGUGCAUCGCGCGGGCAUCAUUGGCGAUGGGCCGUCGAAAGGCACGCUGCAGCGCUCAACCACCAGUCCCAGCAUUGGAGUCUUUCGCGAUUGUGCUGAGUAUAGCCAUCGUCUUAUCAGGGAGUCUGCUGCUAUUCAUACGAGCGACUUUAGCCACUACGUGAAAGCCUGAGGAAGAGAAUGGAAGGCACGACUGAAUCCGCCGACAUGCUGACUCCAACGAGCUAGAUGCACUUGCCUCUGCAUAUCGGCCGAUGACCACUUCCUUGUUUGGACAAGUGCAGGAAUACAGAAAGAUCGAUGGUCACAUCUGAGGAGCAUCAGCG